UAUAUUUUCCUCUUUUAAAGUAUUUUUCUUGCAGUAGGGUUUGUGGCGAAACCAAGUUUCACUUUUCUUUCUCUUCUCCUUCAUCAUCAUCAUCAAAGAAGCUGUUCUUUCAUGGACAUUACUCGCUACCGCUUCAACAAUGGAUCCGACGGCCAAAAUCUCCCGCCGGGCUUCAGAUUUCAUCCCACCGACGAAGAACUCAUCACUCAUUACCUUCUCCGCAAGGUUCUUGACAAUUGCUUCACCAGCAGAGCCAUUGCAGAAGUUGAUCUCAACAAGUGCGAGCCUUGGGAACUUCCCGAGAAAGCGAAGAUAGGAGAGAAAGAAUGGUACUUUUUCAGCCUCCGAGACCGGAAGUAUCCGACGGGACUGAGGACGAACAGAGCCACGGAGGCUGGAUACUGGAAAGCCACCGGAAAGGACAGGGAGAUAUACAGUUCAAAGACUUGUGCCCUUGUUGGAAUGAAGAAGACUCUUGUCUUCUACAAAGGAAGGGCUCCAAAGGGUGAGAAGAGUAACUGGGUCAUACACGAAUACCGCCUCGAGGGCAAAUUCUCCUACCAUUUCAUCUCCAGAAGCUCAAAGGAUGAGUGGGUGAUAUCUAGGGUUUUCCAGAAGACUGGCUCCGGCUGCGCAGGAGCUAGUGCAGGCGGUGAUGUUAACAAAAAGACCAAAAUGCCCUUCGCCGUGGGUGGGAUUUACCAUGAACCCAGAUCCCCUUCCUCCGCCUCUCUCCCUCCUCUUCUUGAUCCAACCGCAGCCGCCGCCGCCGCUUCCUUCAACAGCUCCUACGGUGGCCGCAGCACCACAACCACCGCCGUCACGGCCGCUAAAGCGGUGGCCGAGCACGUGUCCUGUUUCUCCACUACUACUACUACUACUACUACUAAUGCUGCAGCUGAUUCCUUGGGCCUGACCGUUGACCCAUUUUUCCCUCCACCGCCGCCGACGGCUGCGGCGAGCUUUGAGCCCUUUGCCCGUUUCUUUUCAAGAAACGUCGGCGGCGGCGUCUCGGCUUUACCUGACUUUGGGUCUUUCAACGAGAAUUUCAAUCAGUUGCCGUACUUUGGUUCGUCCGUUUCUCCGGCCACCGCAUUUCUGUCAUCGUCCCACGACGCCGCCGCCAUCAACUACUGGCCGCCGCCGCAGAUGUCGGAGGAUAACGAUACUAAAGCUGGUCUUGUUCAUGCAGGACUUGACUGCAUAUGGAACUGCUGACCACGACCACGAGACCCGGCGAACUUAUACCUAACUAGGGUUUUCUCGUGACCCAAAACUAUCUCUAGGGUUUGUUUUAGUUUACCUUUUAAAAAAUUAUUUUCUAGCAUUGAUUGAAGGUGUGCUGGAAAAUGCUUAUUGAACCGUUUAAGCGUAUAAUAUAUUAAUUAUGUUGUGAAAAUGAUCAC